UUUCUUCUUCAAAUUAAUAAACAUAGCACUUUUUAGUUUUUACAUUUGAAAUUUGAAACAUUGAUACUUACAACCGUUGAAUUCAAUCUUUGACUAUAUGGUUGAACUUUCUGUUUUCAACAGAAUUUGUAUCUGACAUUCUGAGUGUCAAAUUUACUUAAACGAAAAAAGCCGAGUGUCUCCAAAUUACGACCUUUUUCUGUUCUUCUAAGUGUUGAGCCCUGAACUCCUCAUUCUUGCUACACAGACUUGCCUAACAUUGAAAUGAUGAUUGAAAAUCCAGAGGCCCUGAAGUUGUGGCUCACAGCUGCCCUAGCCCCAUUGUGUGAUGCAGAUCCUGUAGUCCUUGCCAAGCAUGUGCUUGCCCUGCUAAACAAGGAAAACCCAGAGUCUGAGCUGCGUGGAGCCAUGUGUGAUGAGCUUGAUGUAUUCCUUCAACAAGAGACAAAAGGGUUUGUCGACCAAUUAUUCGUCACCUUGGAAACCAAAUCGUACCUGCAACGGAGUCCAACGUCCCGUUCCAGGUCACGCAGUCCGAAUCGUGAUCGGGACCGGACUGCCCGUAGGUCCCGGGAUCAUGCAACGAUCAACAACAGAAGAAACGAUCGCAGUCGAUCACCGCCGAGACGUCCGUCUUCUCGUCCCCCUGUCGUGGCUCCCGGAUUUGAUUUGCCGCCGGUCGGAGCCCCUGCCCAAGCAUUGAUCGUCCCUCCACCCUGGUUCCAACGGGUUCAGUGCGCCCAUUUCAGAGAUCAUAGUAGAUGCCCGAGGGGCGAUCUCUGCUACUAUGUCACCGGUCCAUACCAGCCGGAUGAGGAUUUAUGGGAAUCAUUGGACAUGCCUGGAAGAGAUCCACCACAAAAUCCUCAGCAGCCCCCCCUGGGCAACUACCAGCCGCCACCGCCAGGCAGCCCGCCAGUUGUUCCUACUCCCGAGACGGAAUUCCCUGAUGAUCAAGUAGAGCACAUGUUCGACCAGAACGCCACCAUUAAGGAAACGGAUGAAGACGAAGAUGAUCUUGCUUCGGAAAUGAUCAACGUCGAGCCAGCCACGCCCACUGAAGAGGAGGGAAACAACAACGGCCAGUCAACUGACGGACUGUCUGGCACUCAGAUCAUCGUGACGGCAUCGACCCCCAUGGUUGAAAACGAAUGUUUUGACCCGACAGAUGAAAAGACAUCCGACGUCAAGGAAAACGAAAUGGAACAAGAAUUUGGCGAAGAGAUGGAACCGCCUCCGCCACCAGCACCGGAGCCAUCAACAACCGAAACGUCGUCAUCAUCACUAGACCAACCGUUGCCGCCGCCAGCACCGAUCGCUGACGAGGCUGUGGUCAGCAAAGGAUUCGUCGACGAGUUUGUCCAACUGGAAACGGCCAAGGAAUCUUAGAAGAGAAGAACCCUCAUUAUCUGUAUGGGCCCUCAUGCAUUUCAACUGCUGCUCAUUGAGCAAUAAUUGUUUCUAAAUUCCUCCCCAAUAACCUUUGUGAAAAUUUCAUAGAAGCUUGUCAAAAUAUCUUUUACGUGUUCAAGGCAUUUGUCAAACAUUUGCCCUUAGUCUGGAUGAUGAUCUCAUCCAGCAGUCGAGUCCAUGUCGUGCGAAAUUCCUGUUUGAUUACAAAGACAAUUCUCCAAGCCUUUCAAAAA